AUGAAAAAGGCUAUAGAAUUAACUGAACAAGCAGAUACAAAAGGAAUUCAAGUGCAAAUUGCAGGACGUAUCGACGGAAAAGAAAUUGCGCGUGUUGAAUGGAUCAGAGAGGGGAGGGUUCCACUACAAACCAUUCGAGCUAAAAUUGAUUAUUCGAUGGAACAAAAAAUGAGAAAUUCCAAUACCAUUGUUUCUGGUACAGAAGUUCCUAUAAAAAUGGGAAAUGCCCUACCUUUGAGUGCGAUAUCACCAUCUACAUCCAAAAAGUCGUAUGCUUUGGAAGAAGCUUGUACAGUUUGGGAAGGGGUUUUGAAUGAUAAAAAAGAAGAAUCUACUUCAACCGAUAUGCCCUUAGGCACGGCCAUACAUAACAUAGAAAUCACACUUAGAAAGGGUGGACAAUUAGCUAGAGCAGCGGGUGCUGUAGCGAAACUGAUUGCAAAAGAAGGGAAAUCGGCCACAUUAAAAUUACCUUCUGGGGAGGUCCGUUUGAUAUCCAAAAACUGCUCAGCAACAGUCGGACAAGUGGGGAAUGUUGGGGUGAACCAGAAAAGUUUGGGUAGAGCCGGAUCUAAGCGUUGGCUAGGUAAGCGCCCUGUAGUAAGAGGAGUAGUUAUGAACCCUGUAGACCAUCCACAUGGGGGUGGUGAAGGGAGGGCCCCAAUUGGUAGAAAACAACCCAUAACCCCUUGGGGUUAUCCUGCACUUGGAAAAAGAAGUAGAAAAAGGAAUAAAUAUAGUGAUAAUUUGAUUCUUCGUCGCCGUAGUAAAUAUGAGAGAAAAUAG